GAUAGGUGUCCGCGCACACGUAGCGGGCCGCUCGCUCGCUCGUUCGCGCAUAACCUCGAAAUUGGCCGGACUGAGCGCGUUAACGUCGAUCGCGACCGUCGCCGUCGUCGUCGUUUGCGCGACGACGUGACGUUACGUGACGUGACGUGACGUGCGAGGUGUACACGUGCCGACGACGAGGCGUCGCGAAGGUGGUGCGGCGGUCUCUCUUCGCAUCCUUACCUCUCGACGUCCACGAGACGACCCGGGGAAAGUCGGGGUAUAUGGACUAUCGGGAAAGAUCGCUGGUCCGCAUGAAAGAUGGGUCAUGGGUCGAGCCGUUCACCCUCAUCAGCGAACAUCCUGUCUGCGGAGGAGCUGACACUGGUGGAGAACCUGUUUAAGUCCAUGUCCCGCAGUUCGGGUUCCAUCAAACGCGAGGACAUAUUCAAGCACUGGUCGACGCACUUGGACGAUGUGCUGCUACAGUUUGUGGUGCGUUUCCUCUGCCACGAGCCGGGCAAGAGGGUCUCCGCUGUCAACGGCGAGAAUUUUGGCCGGCUCUACGUGUUCGCCGUGCGGGGUAGCCCCGAGGAGCGCACGAAUCUGAUCUUCAACGGCUUCUCCGAGGAGGAGCACAAAUACGAGAUGCCCACCGAGACGUUCCUCAGAUAUAUUCAAGCAACGAUCAAUUCCUACCUGCGACUGCAGAAGAACUCCUGUAACGCGCACUACCUCACCUGGAGCAACAUCGGCUGCACCGUCAACACCAGGCGCAUCGGGAUGCGUUCCCGUAGCCUCUGCGAGGAUCUCAUCAAGUACGGGGACGUGUUGACCGUCGACCAGGUGGAGAGCUGGUUCGUCACCGCGGCCACGUUCAAGAGCAUCCAGUCCCACGUAUUCCAAUACCUCUAUCUAGUCUCUCAGAAGAAGGGCGAUAAGAAUACGAGCGCGCGAAUAAGCGACCUCAAUCUCCUGCCGAUCUGCGGCGGCCUCGAGAACACACCGCACUUCCCCAGUAUACUCGGGCUGGGGGACGUUCUCUUCCUGAAUCUGAGCCUGCCGCACGAGCUCCGUGACGAAUGGCGGUUCCUGUUCUCGAGCCAGGUGCACGGCGAGUCGUUCUCCACCAUGCUGGGCAGGGUAAUGAUGGAGGGCGCCACGAUAAUCAUACUCCAGGACAUGGACGACCACGUGUUCGGCGGCUUCGCCUCCGACAGCUGGAAGCUGGGUCCGAACUUCAUCGGCAAUCAAACCUCGUUUCUGUUCAAGCUCGAGCCGGACAUACUGACGUUCUCGGCGACGAAUUACAACAGCCACUAUCAGUAUCUGAAUCUCCAUCAACAAACGAUGCCUAACGGCUUGCUCAUGGGGGGGCAGCUUAAUUACCCCGGCCUCUGGUUGGACUGCGAGUACGGCGCCGGCAAGUCGAGCGUAUCGUGCACGACCUUUCAGAAUUACGUGCAACUCAGCGGUAAGGAGGACUUCAAAAUCAAACACUGCGAGGUGUGGGGCGUCGGCCCGAAGCCGUUGGACGCGCAGGAGGACGUGCGCGAGAUGAAGUCCGUGCUGAAUCAAGACCCGACAUCGAAGAUGAUGCUGGAACUGUCCGGCCGCAAGCUGCACAGCGAGGGACUUCGCGAGGAGGACCAGUAAUUGUGACGUGCAAUUUUGAGAUUUUUACGGAAGUCGUAGGUUGUAAGCGGAGAAAAAAAGAAAAACGAGAUAGAGGGGGUGAUGACUAGCUGUAAAGAUAUUUACAAAUAUUUGAGACGUUAAUCGAUUUCGAAUAGAGUCUGUGUAAAAUCUGUUAUCGAUCUUGUAUUGUAUAAUGGAAUACGCGGGUAUAAAAGAUGUAUUUAGUAAACUGUUAUAGAUUCGUAAUUAUACGUUGACAGUCGCGACAUGAUAAGAAGAAUGGGGACGAAGAGUGAUGAACCCUCGCGAUCCAUAAUUUACGCGAGCGCAUAUCCUCGGGGUAUGUUAGAAGGAAUCCGUGUGAUAACGCCGCGAGAGGCAAUCAAAGCGCGAAGCGGAAACGAAUUACACUUACGAAAGCCACUGCGUGUUAGAUUGAGUGAAAGAAAAAAAAAAACAAAUAGUACGUCUGUCCAUAUUAUGUGUACGAGCGGUCUCUCUCUGUGUACGUUUCUACAGACUUCUGUUUGUUUUGUAAUUUAUCUUAACGAGGGAACGUUUCGAGGUGAUCCUCUCCGAUUUUGAUGAACUUCGAAUAUAAUAAUAUAUUGCAACUGCAAUUGGAUAUAACGCAAUCGUCAUCUGUAACAGUGGAUAUCUCGAAAACUGAUGUCUCUCGUGUUUCGAAUUUUUCACCGGGAGAAAAAUGAGAUUAUUUCGUUAUCUUACCCGAAGUAAGAGAAACAAGGACGACUAACGCGUGAGUUCGAUCGUAGCGGCUCGGUUGUAUCAACGUGUUUUGUUUCUUUAUCUCUAUUAGACACACGUGCCAUCGACAUAUCUAGAAGGGAUCAAAGAUCAGGAAGAGACAAAUGCACGUUCCCGAACGUUCCCCCGUGCGCAUUAUUAGGACUUUUGUCCCUUUUUAAACGGCCUGACGAGUCUGAAUUUGCCGCAAUUAUUUCCAUUCGGUCACUCGAUUCCACUUCCCGUGUAACUUCAUUAUGUCGUGUAUACGUGUAUAUUUAUGAAUUCAGCUAUGAUAUUAAAGGAAUAAUAUCAUGCCAAUCGCUGCGUGGCCUGAAUGCCUAUUGUCUAGUGCCUGACGAGUCGAUUGUUAAUCGUUAAUUUAUCAUUCUCCGUAUGUUGAUUAUAUUCAUAUAUAAACGAACUCAUGUGUGCCAUACAAAUUGCUCUUGUUAACUAAGACUGUAUAAUCGUGUCGUACGAGGAUGGAGAAGAAGGGAUGUAUAUCACCGCGCAAAUAUUCGCCAACGAGAGUCGUUUGCCGACUGCAAGUCAGCGGGAAGAACUUUCUGCACUAUUAUAAAAUCUAUUAAAAGUUCAAUAAACAAUCAAAAUCUACGACGC